AUGGUAAGCUCUCCACUCUCUCUACAUUCCCGCCAAUCGCUCCAAGAGAAGAGCCUGCUGGCUCUGCGGGAAAUGGGAACAGGUGGAAUGCGAGCUCGAAGGGCGAGGGGCGGUGGGAGAGGAGGCUACAUUGGAAUCGAGCUAGAGGAGGGAUGGCUUCAAGAGCAAGACCCGAAGAAAGAAAAAAAUGCCAAAGGCAAGAACGGGAGCUCCGUCGGAGUUGUUCUCGCCCUCGAAUCAUCCUUCAAGCCUCUGCGCUACAGUUCCCCCCCCCAAACGGGCAAUACUGACGCCGAAACCUUCGCACCCCAGGUUCCCAAAACCCGCCGCACCUACUGCAAGGGCAAAGAGUGUCGAAAGCACACCCAGCACAAAGUCACCCAAUACAAAGCCGGAAAGGCAUCCUCGGUCGCCCAGGGCAAGCGCCGCUACGACCGCAAACAGUCCGGCUACGGGGGCCAGACGAAGCCCGUGUUCCACAAGAAGGCGAAGACGACGAAGAAGGUCGUGCUGAGGCUCGAGUGCACGAACUGUAAGACCAAGGCGCAGCUGUCGUUGAAGCGGUGCAAGCACUUUGAGCUGGGGGGGGACAAGAAGACGAAGGGGGCCGCGCUGGUGUUUUAG